UAAUAGGUACCUAUAUAAAAGGAAAACCAUUUAGAUACUUAAUAGUCAAUCGUUAUCUUUAGUACAAACCUAGUGAAUGAACAUAAUAAACAAUUUAUAAUAUAUAAAGACUUAUACUGCGAAGUCUAGAUCGUUUAAUAUCGUGUAAACUGUGCUACUAAACUACAAUGUAUCUUGUCAAUUUUUGUAUAGCAAUAAAUAUAAUUUCUGCAUUUGUGCAAUGCGAUGAUAUUACUAAACAAAGUGACCUCUCAUCAACGAUAAAAUCAAAUGAUGAACACCAAAUAACUAACGAGGAUACAGACAUGACUGCUGUAGAAAAAGUUAAUGUAAAAAUUUACUACGAAACUCUUUGUCCAUAUUGCAUAAACUUUUUUGUUUAUUAUCUGCAACCAGAGAUUGUCUCAUUGCACAAGUAUUUAAACAUUCGACUUUAUCCUUAUGGAAAUGCUGAAACCAAGGAAGAAGGUGACCACUACGAAAUCACCUGUCAGCACGGAGAGAGCGAAUGUUACGGGAACAAACUCCACGCAUGUGCCAUUGAUAUAAUAAAAAAUGUCACAAAAUCAACCCUGUACAACUGUUGCCUUAUGGGUAACCAGUCAGACGACAACGCUGCUACUGAGUGUGGUGUUCAAAUGAAAAUUGAUGCUGAUCCAAUAAAGGAGUGUGCAAAGAGCGAUAAAGGGAAUCAACUGUUGAAAGACUAUGGCGAAAAAAGUAUGUACGUGGGUUAUCCCGGGGUACCGUUUAUACUUGUGGACGGUAAGACCUCCUCCGCGGACGUCUUUAAAAAAGACAUCUGUGAGGCUUUCAUAGAGCCACCACCACCUUGUAAGACAUGAAGACAAUGUUUUAAUAAGUGACAAUAAUUUGAUGUAAAUUAUUAAAUUGUAAUAAAUAAA